UUUUCCUAUCUGCUAAUGAAACUCACUGAUCUCUCCAAGGACAUGGUGAAGUUUCUGCCGAACUGCAGCAAAAACAGGACACUAACGGCUGUUAAGAUGCGUGGUAUAUUUGCUAGUUGUGCUCUGGCAGCAGCGCUGCUGGCUGUAACCUGGGCAGACCACCAUGACCACCAUCACCACCAUGACCACCAUAGCCACAGCAGUGAGGGAGAGAUGAGCUGCCACAAGCUGUCCGCUCCCAACGCCGACUUCACCUUUGCCCUCUACAAAAGUCUGAAUGCCAAGGCUGCAGCUGGGAAGAACAUCUUCUUCUCACCGCUGGGCAUCUCCACCGCCCUGUCCAUGCUGUCCACAGGGGCCCGUGGUGAAACCCACAGCCAGCUCUUCUCCACCUUGGGCUACAGCGGUCAUGACCAGGCACAGAUCAAUGAAGCAUAUCAGCAUCUUUUCCAGAUGCUUGGCUACAGCCAUGAGGAUGAGCAGCUGGAUGUCGGCAAUGUUGUGGCAGUGCGCUCAGGAUUCACUCCUCUGGAGAAGUUCCUGAAGGAUGUCAAGGAUUUCUACGCCGGUGACAUCUUCAAAGUUAAUGUUACCAGACUCGAAGAGGCUGCAGCUGAGAUCAACACAUUCAUUGCUAAUAAAACCCAGGACAAGAUAAAGGAUGUGGUACAGCAGCUGAACCCUGACAUGGCCAUGGUGCUUAUCAAUUACGUCUACUUCAAAGGACAGUGGGCGAAACCCUUCAACAGUGGAUUCACCAAAGAGAAAGACUUCCAUGUGGACAACACCACCAAAGUUCGAGUGGACAUGAUGUCGAGGACGGGUGACUACAAGAUCUACAGGGAUGAUCGAAACCAGGCCACCGUCAUCACAGUGCCUUAUAAGGGCAACGCCUCCAUGAUGAUCGUCCUGCCUGAUGAAGGCAAGAUGAUGACGGUGGAGCGACACAUCAGCAAGGACUCCAUCAAGCACUGGCAAGCCUCAGUCUCCAUGGCAUAUGUAAAUCUGCGCUUGCCAAAGUUUGCCAUCUCUGUGGACGCCUCCCUGGAUGACACACUGAAAGCAAUGGGCAUAACUGAUGCUUAUGAGGACCGCGCUGAUUUCUCUGGAGUGUCUGAAACAGCCAUGCUCAAAGUCACAAAGGCGUCUCACAAGGCAGCACUGAGCGUCACUGAGGUGGGAACAGAGGCAGCAGCCACCACUUUCACGGAGUUGAUGUUCUUCAGUCUGCCACAGACUGUCAGAAUUGACAGGCCCUUCUUGGUUUUCAUCCUGGAGAACUCCACUGGGAACAUCCUCUUCAUGGGCAAAAUCAACAACCCCACAGCAACAUAAAGGCACACAAAAAGAAAAUGAGAAUCAUGAUCAUAAGUGUCAUCAUCAUUGACUUUUUAACCAUCACACUGGUGUUGUAGUACUUGUAAAUGUACUUGUUAGUGUCACUGGUGGAAGUAACUCCAUAAAAAUGUCUUUAAAGAGACUCAAUAAAAGAUAAUACAGAAAAAAUGA